GGCGGCGACAUUCGUGGAAGAGAUGGCGUCCAGAGGGGGGUUUCAGUCAGCUCCAACGGGUGGCGGCGGCGGAGGAGCGAUGGGACCAGGACCUCCGGUACCGGGCGCGGGACCAGGCAUGGGUCCGGGGACUCCCUCUGGGAGAAUGGGCUCAUCCUCCGCGGCGCAGAACUCAAUGUAUCGCUCCCCGAUGCCGGGGCCUGGGUACCUGAGACACGGCAUGCCUCCAUCCAGCCGUAUGACCCCGCAGGGACCGGCCAUGGGCCCCCCAGGAUACGGCAACAGUCCCGUGUCUCGCCCGGGGAUGCCGGGGGUCAUGGACCCGUCCCGUAAGCGGCCGGCCCCCCAGCAGAUCCAGCAGGUUCAGCAGCAGCAGAACCGCAACCAGCACACGAAGAAGAAGAAGAUGGCUGAUAAAAUUCUACCUCAGAGGAUCAGAGAACUGGUCCCAGAGUCUCAGGCUUACAUGGAUCUCCUGGCUUUUGAGAGGAAGCUGGACCAAACCAUCAUGCGCAAGAGGCUGGAUAUUCAGGAGGCGCUCAAGAGGCCCAUCAAGCAAAAAAGAAAGCUUCGAAUCUUCAUAUCCAACACCUUCAACCCUGCAAAGCCCGAUGCCGAGGAUGGUGAAGGCACUGUGGCAUCAUGGGAGCUUCGUGUUGAAGGGCGCCUGCUGGAGGAUACGGCUGUGUCCAAGUAUGAAGCCACUAAGCAGAAGAGGAAAUUCUCCUCCUUCUUCAAGUCUCUGGUUAUUGAGCUGGACAAAGACCUGUACGGUCCAGAUAAUCACCUGGUGGAAUGGCACAGGACUGCCACCACCCAGGAGACUGAUGGUUUCCAGGUGAAGAGACCGGGAGAUGUCGGUGUUCGUUGCACCGUCCUGCUCAUGCUUGACUACCAGCCCCCUCAGUUCAAGCUGGACCCCCGACUGGCUCGUAUGCUGGGUAUCCACACCCAGACCCGACCUGUCAUCAUCCAGGCCCUGUGGCAGUACGUCAAGACCCACAAACUCCAAGAUCCACACGAGCGAGAGUUCAUCAACUGUGACAAAUACCUGCAGCAGAUCUUUGAGACUCAGCGAAUGAAGUUCUCCGAGAUCCCGCAACGUUUGCACGCGCUCUUGAUGCCACCAGAACCCAUCAUCAUCAACCACGUGAUCAGUGUGGACCCCAACGACCAAAAGAAGACCGCCUGUUACGACAUUGACGUGGAGGUGGACGACACACUGAAGACUCAGAUGAACUCCUUCCUGCUGUCCACAGCCAGUCAGCAGGAAAUAGCCGGGCUGGACAACAAGAUCCACGAAACCAUCGAGACCAUCAACCAGCUGAAGACCCAGAGGGAGUUCAUGUUGAGUUUCGCCAGAGAUCCUCAGGGCUUUAUCAACGACUGGCUGCAGUCCCAGUGCAGAGACCUCAAGACCAUGACAGAUGUGGUGGGAAACCCAGAAGAGGAGCGAAGAGCCGAGUUUUACUACCAGCCGUGGGCUCAGGAGGCCGUCUGCCGCUACUUCUACUCCAAGGUCCAGCAGAGGCGGCAGGAGCUGGAGCAGGCGCUCGGCAUCAGAAACACCUAAAGAAACGGGUCCAAAUGAAGCAGGAGAGGAGACGUGUUGUGCUGUCGGAGAUGAAAAGUGUGUGUGUGUGCGUGUGUGUUUGGGCGUGUGUGAAGGGGGAUGUUCAAACUGUAUGUCUCCCGGAGUUCACUGCAAACUCUGAAGAGAGGCGGAUAGUAGACGGCUUCACCAUUCAACAGGAUGUCAAAAUUAGCUUCUUUUUUUUUCUCAUCACGCUGCAGCUCAUUUUUGUAGUUCUGUUUCCACUUGGACUUUUUGGUCGCGUUUCCCCCUUCCACGCCACAGCUCCUCCAACACGGUUUUCUGUUUCCCUUUAUCCUUCUUUGUAUGUCCGAACCUGUCCUAAAUGAGGCAAUCCCUUUAGAUUUAUACAUUGUGUCCAGAAAAAAAACCGUAGAUUGUACACAAACGAAAAGCAGAGAGCAGAUUGUAUCUGGUGACUUUAAACAUGUUGCCUCCCUGGAACAACAAAACAAAAAGAAAAACAAAAAAUAUCUUAAAUCAGCCAGAAUGUGUCGUCUGCCGGCUCUUUGUUCCCCUCGUUUUGGAAAAUAAAUUGACAUUUUAUAGCUCGAACCCCCGCCCCCCCGAUGCUUGCCCAUUUAGUGAACUUAUCGAUUGUGAUUGUGUUUUUGUAAUGGAUGGGGUUUCUUCGCUGCACACCGGCUGCCCGUGCGUCACUUUGCAUCAGUUCGUCACCGGUUUGCUUUGACAGUUUGUUCCAGUCUGUUGUGCGAGAAGCGGUUUGAGCUCAGUCAGUCGUGGCUGAUUAUACACUGUUGCAGCAAAGCAGUUCUGUUUUGUUAAGGGUGCCAUUCAGUAUGAAGUUGUUUUUUUUUUUCUCUCUUCUUAUUCUUUUCGUUACUAUUAUUGAUCCUUGUUUUAAAAAUAUGUAUAAUAUCCGUACUUGUCUUGUUAGCUAGUACAGAUUCUCAUUGAAGUAGCUAGUAUGAGUACCUCUAGUCUAUAGUUUUGUAAAUACUGAGUUGGGGGGAAAAAAAACUGAAGAUGAACGUGAAAUAAAUCUUGUAAGACUUAUCCCGGCAGACCUUUUCCUCAAGUUUUUGUCCACACUCAGAUAGUUGAACCAGUAUUUAUAGUAUUGAUCGACUGUCGCGCUCGGAGCCCAGCGAUCGAGCUCCCCGCCACGUUAGAGGCUGCCGUCGCAUUCGGCUCUCUGUAGCGCGGUCUGCAUCUCUCUCGUGCUGCCUACCGGCUCAGAGGGGUUCAAACUUCUGCCUUUUUUUAAGUUUAGUCUCCUUUAAUUAUGUGCUGAGAAGCCAUGAACGCAGGCGGCUGAAGAGAUCCGAGGAAUCCUACCUCCUUUGUACACUGACUGAAGACCCGGCAUCUUUUGAGUUUAAUGGUUUACUCGCUGUCGGUGGUUAAGGCUCAGUCUUUUGAGUGCUUUUUGUUCACAGAUUCCACAAAUACACUAAUGAGGGUUUUGGUAGGCGUAAGAUUCAAAUUGAGCGUUGGGCACCUCUGUUUGACACGCAACACUCGGAGGGCUGUAGAGCCAUGUGAAUCUGCUAACUUUUUCAUGGACCAAACCUAUUUUUCUGUAUGUUCUUAUGUUAUAAUAAAGGAUAUGUAAAAUGUUG